AUGUCCAACAAUGCCUCUGAUGGUACUGAUGUGGCCGUGGCACUUCGCUAUGCUCAUAUGGAAGCGUUCCUGGAUCUGCAGCUGCACGAGGUUAUGCUUCUUCAUGAGAUCUACGUGGAUGAGGCCCAGGACUUCUCCCCAGCUGAACUAACAUCUCUCAUGUCCCUGUGUGGAGAUUCCAGCGGGGUCACUAUCGCAGGCGACACAUGUCAGACAAUCAAUCCUGGAAGUGCUUUCUCUUUCCAAGACAUUAUCGAUGCCUUUCAGCGAUUGGAGCCAAAACCUUUCUUUUGCGGUGGCCAUGCUGACAAGCAAGACGAUCCAGACGUCAAGUGGGAUGAUGCCGAGAAAUGCUGCUUGAUGUCACUGGGUUUUAACUUCCGCUCUGCCACGCCGAUUGUGCAGCUGGCUAACAGCGUGUCAGAACUUCUAUUGCAAAUGUUCCCAUGUGCUGCGGAUGCUGUGGAGGAGAUGUCUGCAUCUGACCAGGGUGGUAAGCCGCCUCUGUUUGUGUACUCGCCUGAUGUUGUGGACGUCGUCAUGGGCACCGGUGCGCUCCGUGCAAGCAGUAUCGAUCCCACGACUGGCGUCGUCCUGGUUGCUUCGAAUGCUUCGCGCCAGUUUGCUGCAAGCAUUUUUGUCUGCAUUCCUUGUCAGCAGAACCGCGCGACACUUUCACUUACCAUCAUUCCUCUUGGCGACAACUUUGCUUUAUCCUUCAAACAGGAGUCAGAACGUGAUGAUGGCCUGCGAAGCACAAUCUUGACUGUGGCAGAGGCCAAAGGCCUGGAGUUUGACUUCGUGGUGAUUUGCGACUUUUUCCGGGACUGCCAGAACAGUGAUUCCUGGUACGCUGUCGAAGAGUUCUUCGAAAAACGCAAAGCCCGCAACCACAAGUCAUCCCUGGUCCAUGAUCUCAAAGCGUUGUACGUGGCCAUAACCCGCGCGCGUUUUGGGUGCGCGUUCGUGGAAUCGGGCCCAGACUGGCUGUGGAAUCCUAUGGUUAAGCAUUGGCUUGAAAAGAACUUGCUGAUUUUCCUGGAGAGCAAUCUGGCAUAUGCCAAGCUAUUCAGCGAAGUGGAGCAGAAACAACCUGUUCAGGCGUUCCCAAGAGUUAGCUUGGAUUCGGUGCAACAAGCUCUCACCUGGCUGUGGUCAGAGCUGCAGCUGCGCACUGGCCGGGAGCACAAAGCAGCACGAAAAGUCUUAGGCCAUGAGCGAUUGAGGCUUCAGGGCGGCGGGGCUUUGGAUUCCGAGUUUGCGCAGAAAUUCAUGGCCACGCAUGGGGGCAGCCAUCCGAGCACUGGGAAGGACAACACGGAUUCGAUUUCUUGGGUGCCUGACCUCACACCACUUGUGCACGGGAUUGCGCGCCGCUCAGACAUGGCAAGGACGGCCAGCAUCAGCCCAUAUCAGCCCUAUGUGCCGAUCGGCGGCCCCAAAAACACCACACUGGCAUGUACAAGUAGCUGGCUGCCAGGACACCGCAGAGCCUAG